AGGCACCACCUUUGAGCCUGACCCAUCGGCCAGUUGUUCGCCCAUCCUGUUACGCACUCAUCCAGCUCCCCUGCUGCUGAGGGAUUUUCCCAGCAAACCACAGGGUCAGCAAGUCGGUGAGAAGGAGGAAGGAGGAGGCUGGGGGGGCUGCUGCUAGGGGACAAGGGAUGGGGACGGGGGGUGGGACAUCCCAGCCAGGGCAGCAGGCAUGGGGCACGUUUGGGGCUCAGGGGGUCCCUGCACAGGGCUGAGCCCCCCUGGAUGCAGACCCCGCUGUGUGCCCCGCUGUCUGGAGGCACUGCGCAGCGAGGCACGGAGGGGCAGGACUGCACCCACCGUGGGGGCUCCCUGGGGGCAAAGGGAAGCGAUGGAGCAGGGGCACAAUGUGAGGGCCAGGCACGGGGGCCGGGCUGCCGUUGGUGCAAGAAGAGGAUGCGGGAAAUCAGCUGACACCGGAGAAAACUAGAGUUCCCACGCAGCUGCCUGGCCUCCAGCAGUGAGUGGUGCUGAGGCACGGGGAAAAGAGGAAGCGAAGCCCCCAAGAGGCACCGAGGAGCAUGUCUGGCCGGAGGGCUGCCCGACGGGUGCCAAAGGCCAGCCCGGCCAUGUGGCUGCUGCUGCUGCUGCUCGUCUGCACGGCUCUGUGCCGCUCAGCGGGCGGCCAGGCAGUGAGGGGGCCCGGCACCGUGCGUGGGUACCUGGGGGGGUCCCUCUCGGUGUCCUGCACGUACCGGCACAGCUACGAGACCAACCCAAAGUACUGGUGCCAUCCGGGAACGAUUAGGAGCUGUGCUUUUGACACCCACAUCAUCGCCACCUCGGAGGAGGAGCCCCGGGUGCAGCGGGGCCGGUUCUCCAUCUGGGACAAUCGCACCCAGCGGGUGUUCACCGUGACCGUACAGAACCUGAAGGCAGAGGACACGGGCACCUACCGCUGCGGGGUGCUAAAGCCCAUGUUUCACAUCGAUGACGGCGACGAGGUGCGGGUGAUCGUGUCCCCAGCUCCCACACCCACAGCAUCGCCCCCCACCUCGGCCACUCCGCCUGGAUCCACCUCGGGCCCCACGCAGCCACCUACCCAGCAGGAAGGGAUGCAGGGGACAGCCAGCCCCUCUUCCGACCUGGACCACAGCCUGGACAUAGCUCUGGUCAUCCUCACUCCCUGCAUCGCAGUGGUUCUGUUUCUGCUCGCCGUUGCUGCCGGGGUUUUGGUCGUACUGUCCAGGAAGAGGAAGCAGGCCUUCUCAGGAGCAGCUGUCGAGAUGGACAGGAUCCGUGGCACGCCGAACCCAGGAGCGGACGUGCUGCACUACGCGGAUAUUGACCACCCGGCCGGCGCAGGCGAGAGCCAGCCCUACGGCAACGUGGAGGCUUUCCGCCCCUCGGCAAACGCAGCCACCGAUUACACGGAGGUCAAGAGGCCCAGCCAGAAUUUGGAGGAGAAAAAGGAGCCCACUUACGCCCCGGUGCGCAAAUCCCAGCUGGAGGAGCAGGAGCUGCUCUACGCCAACGUGCCUCCAGCCCAGCAGCACGCGAAGCCAUGAGGGCUCAGGACCCAGCACCGCCGCCCUGCGUGGGACCUUGGGCACAGGACCCAUGUGGGGACACCGGGACGGAUGCUGAGUUGGGCAGGAGACGGCUCCCCAACAGAGCUGCUGCUCCCACAGGCUCCAGUGCUAACUUGGAGCAGGCUCGGAGAGGACGAGGCCGAGCACGCGGCACGGGGAUGAAAUCGUUCCCCUGCAUUUGGAGCCCUCAUGCCCGGUUCGGCCAUGGUGCCAGGGUCGGAAAGCAGCCUCAUGUUUGGGUUGUCCAGACGGACAAAAUUGUCCAGGCAAAGGGGGGCCGGGUGCUGCAGGUGGGCUGCUUGGCUCCGCGCCCCCACUGCUGCGUGGUGCCCAGGGGCUGCAGCCGCCGCGCCUGCCCCUGCCUCACGCUGGCAUUUCACACCGAUGGAUGCAGAGCUGGCAGCUCCCGAGCGCAGGGCAGGGAGAAAUGCUACGUCCACGUGCCCUGUGCCUGCAGGCACUGCUAGCACCUAGGGCAUCCCAGGUUAGGGGUGCAGUGUGGUGCCUGGUGUCUUGGACAGCCCCAAAACAGCCGUUGUGUUCGUGUCUGUGCACCAAAGGAGACCGCAGAGGUGUUCCCGUCCCUCCUGCACAGCUGCUGGGGAGCAGCUCCCCCAAAACCCCACAGUCCUGCGCUCUCUCUCCUCGGCUUCGCUGAUAAUUUAUUUCUCGGCACCCUGUAAAUGUGUUGUUCUCCGUAAAACAUCGCUCCUUUAUCAGUAAAAGCAACCGAGCGUCUGAUAUCAUCCAAUGCCCCUUUCAGCUGUAUUCGUGCCACAGUUUUGCACCGCGAUAAGGGUUCGUUUCACGACGUACACCCAGAAGCAGAGCUGGCACCUUGCUGGCGCCACCCCCAGCAGCAGGGGGACCCCAGCUCCGUCAGGGCACGAGCUGCAGCAGCAGGAGCUCGCCGACACCCAGCCUUCGUCCUCCCCAGCCCAGCACCGGUGCUGAGCUCCCUCCGAGCUCCUGCCCAGCUCGGGGCCGUCCAUCUCCUGGGAAACAGGCUGGGGUUCGGCACCUCUCUGUGCAUCAGUCGGGAGUGCUGGCAGACUCAUUCGGGGAGAAUUUAUUAAUGUUGUUA